GAUGCGUUCGUUAGUUUUACUCGCAUUUCUUCUGAACCUCAACCGCGCUUUUGCUCUUUCCGAAACUCUAACAUUUCAUUUCAUAUCAGAUUAUUGCGUCGCCAGACAUUUCAAAAGUGUUACUCUGAUUGCGCCGCACGAAACGCUGGAAGAUGUGUCAGGAAGAUAUUACCCCUUAUUGAGGUUGCUGAACAAACACGGGAUCCGCAUUGCAAUUGCACCACCAACUCCUGACGCCAUCGUUUUUUCAACGAGUUUCACACUUUAUAUAAUGUACUACAAUGUGACACUCAUACAAAAAAUAACAUCAUCUAAAAAAGUUAGUCCUUUUCGAUUUGAGUAAAAUACUCCGUUGACUCAUGGUCAAAUUUAUUUUAGGGCAAUUUAUCAUUUGCUGCUGGGAAGAACUGGCUUUUGCUGAGCGAUGGAGAGAUUAGCAACUUUCAAAAUAUUUCCUUAAGAGUCGAUAGCGACGUAUUCAUUGCGAACAUGUUCACCAAAUCGGUGGAGAUUGGGGAAAUUUACGCUGUUGGUACAAUACCGAAAUUUCAAGUAUUGGGCUCUUGGCUAGCAGAGAAGAACGAGCUGGAUUUGUUUGGCUUGAAGUUGCACAAAUUGAAACGGCGGCAAAAUCUGAUGGGGAUGGAAAUCAAAGUCUCCUCGGUGAACAUAAAUCCGCAGUACACAAUCCUCCAGAAAGAUGCCUCGGGGAAAAAUGUUUUUGGAGGAGGCUACGUGGGAAACAUUUUGAAAAACUUUCAGCAAGUUCUGAACGUGACAUAUAACAUUAAAAAAUUGGAUGGGUACGCGUAUGGACUGUACUUAACCUCCAAUGACAGCUGGACUGGUCUGAUGGGCGACCUGCAGCGGGGAAUCGCUGACGUCACUGGCUGCGAGAUUUCAAGCGCUAAGGAAAGACUUCAAUAUGUCGAUUUCACGCAGCCAAUCCAAAUAAUAGGUCGGCAUCUUCACUUUAAGAAACCAGAGAGGCAGCUGAAUUGGGGUGCUUUUCUGCAACCCUUCUCGCCUAGCAUUUGGGUCUCUUUAAGUUUCACUUUGCCUCUUGCAGCAUCUGUCAAGUAUUUGCUUUACAAACUGUCGCCAAAAAACGAAGGAAGGACGAAUUUCAGUGCCGACUUUUUCGGAGUAUUUUCCGCUCUUGUGCUUCAAGGUUGGUCUGGUUACUUCGGUGGACCGUCGCGGCGAUUUUUCAUCUGGACAAUUUUUGCUUGCUAUAUGAUCGUUUCGAUUGCGUAUUCGGCAAAAAUGGUCGCUAUGAGAACGAACGAGAAGCCAAAGAUCCCAAUCAACAGUUUGACUGACGUAUUAAACAAGCGAGAUUGGGACUUUGGAUUUGUUACCAAGGCUUUGGAGAGAGAUAUAUUUCAGUUCUCAUCUCCUGAUACUAUGUUGGGGAAAAUUUGGAAGAACAAGAUCGUGGGUAAAAAGGAGCGAACACUGGUUUCUUCUAUUGACGAAGGACUGUCAAAAACCUUCAAAGGUAAUUACGUUUUUAUGGCGUUCAACGUUGUCAGCCGCCAAGUGCUGCACCAGAAAUUUGGGUUGGAAAAUGCUUGCCAUAUCCACGUUUUGAAGGAAACCUUUUUUAAACAUCCUAUAUCGAUUGGCCUCCAAAAGCAUUCGGAAAUCAAAGAAAUUUUCGAUUACAGGCUGAUGAUUUUAUUUGAGACUGGAUUGCUGGAUGUUGGCAUGCAACACUCAAUGAUCAAAGAGGCCGUGUGUGAGGAAGAAGCUUUUACAAAAAUUAAUAUUCUGGAUGUGGCACCAGCUAUGUUACUACUCAGUUUUGGAAUGGUGCUCGCUCUGCUCGUUUUGUUUCUUGAGCUCGCAUGGAUCACAAGGAAAAAAUGGGUCAAACUAAUAUUAAACAACAUUUACUGGCCCAAGUCUAUGACUGGCGAAUCAAAUGACACCCAAAAUAUGAACGAAUUCAAAAAGAUGAUUUUGAAGUAUGAGAAUGGGAAGUUUAUAAAGUGA